GCGUGGGUCGCCAUGGGGACGGGGCUGUUCCCGGGGAGGCUGUGAUGGGUUGACAGGUGCGUGACAGUGGGAGCUGCUCUCGGCACAAGCAUGUACGGCAAAGGCAAGAGUAACAGCAGCGCCGUCCCGUCCGACAGCCAGGCCCGGGAGAAGUUAGCGCUCUACGUAUAUGAAUAUCUGCUCCAUGUAGGAGCUCAGAAAUCGGCCCAAACAUUUUUAUCAGAGAUAAGAUGGGAAAAAAACAUCACAUUGGGGGAGCCGCCAGGAUUCUUACAUUCUUGGUGGUGUGUAUUUUGGGAUCUCUACUGUGCAGCUCCAGAGAGACGGGAAACAUGUGAGCACUCAAGUGAAGCAAAGGCCUUCCAUGAUUAUAGUGCUGCAGCAGCUCCCAGCCCCGUGCUAGGAAACAUGCCCCCAGGAGAUGGCAUGCCAGUAGGUCCUGUGCCACCAGGGUUCUUUCAGCCUUUUAUGUCACCUCGGUACCCUGGAGGCCCAAGGCCCCCACUGAGGAUACCUAAUCAGGCACUUGGAGGUGUCCCAGGAAGUCAGCCAUUACUCCCCAGUGGAAUGGACCCAACACGACAACAAGGACAUCCAAAUAUGGGUGGACCAAUGCAGAGAAUGACUCCUCCAAGAGGAAUGGUGCCCUUAGGACCACAGUCUGACCCUUGGUUAUCAUUACAGAACUAUGGAGGUGCAAUGAGACCCCCACUGAAUGCUUUAGGUGGCCCCGGAAUGCCUGCAAUGAACAUGGGUCCAGGUGGUGGUAGACCUUGGCCAAACCCAACAAAUGCCAAUUCAAUACCGUACUCCUCAGCGUCUCCUGGGAAUUACGUAGGUCCUCCAGGAGGUGGAGGGCCACCAGGAACGCCCAUCAUGCCUAGUCCAGCAGAUUCAACCAAUUCUGGAGACAACAUGUAUACUUUAAUGAAUGCAGUACCUCCUGGGCCUAACAGACCUAAUUUUCCAAUGGGCCCUGGGUCAGAUGGUCCCAUGGGUGGAUUAGGAGGAAUGGAGUCCCAUCACAUGAAUGGCUCUUUAGGCUCAGGAGAUAUGGACAGUAUUUCCAAGAAUUCUCCCAAUAAUAUGAGCCUGAGUAACCAGCCGGGCACCCCAAGGGAUGACGGUGAAAUGGGGGGAAAUUUCUUAAACCCUUUCCAGAGUGAGAGUUACUCCCCCAGCAUGACCAUGAGUGUGUGAUCCAUUACCAAGUCUCGUCAUGAAAACCAUCGUGAGUCGGCCCUUCACAGAACUACUACAGAAGAAAACUGCUCAUCAGUGUACAGUUGAAGGAAUCUCAGCCAACCAAACCAACCCUUUAGCUCCUGCUCUCUCCGCUAUUUUGUGAAGAAAGCAGGCCCAAAUGUGAUUCAAACAACUGUGCGGAGUGGCACAUUAGAAUUGCCCUAAACUGAACUGCAAAUAAUCAUCUGUGUAUGUAUAUGUGUGGGAAAGAGAAUGUAUCGUAUAUGCAGAUCUAUAUGCACAUAUACGCAUACAUGCAUUGACCCACAGGACAUUGUAAGAUAUUAUCACAUGACAUCUUAAGUAGAAGUAAGUAGGGACUUUUAUUCCAUCCUUUUUUUCACGUUUACAUUUUAAUUAUUAAAGGUUGCUCCAGCCCCUCCCUGAACUAUUUUGUGCUGUGUAUAUCACUGCUUUAUAUAAGUUAUUUUUUAAGGUGAACUCAGAUGUUAUGGUUUUGUAAAUGUCUGCAAUCAUGGAUAGGAAUAAAAUCGCUUAUUUGAGAGCUUUCAUUCACUGUGUCUGAUACAAGUUACCCAUGAGCCCCAGAGCUCAGUAAGUGGAGAGAAUCUGUCUUCAUUCUUAUGCCCCACCAGACAUUUCCUCAGUCACUGUCUGUGCAAAGUAGUCUAGUACCUUGUACGUAAGGAAAACGUGUCAGCAGAAGUUCGACUGGGACCUCACACACUCUAUUUCUGCAGUGACUGCUUUAAGUUGAGUCCUUUCUCGAUUUGUUUGUCUUAGACGAUACAGAAGUCAGCAGCUAAUUCAAAUGACCUAGACCGCAGCAAUAAAGUGACACAGGUUGUCACACUUUUAGCACCACAUUUUCUCUUUAACAUGACAAAACCUCCAAAGUGAUGACAAAACCACUCGUUUGAAUUUGUGGCUUCACACGGGGAUCCGGAGGUAAAUUUUUCAUAACAUAUGAUGUGAAAUAACAUUGUGUUUUUAUCCGGAUUCCCUUUAGACAUUUCCACAGAGACUUGAUAACAGACGAUACACAGACAUGCAGACACACUGACAUGAUUCAGACUUUCAGCACCAGAGAGAAAAGAAGAAGCAUUGGUAGAGACUUCUGCCCUGUCUGCUCUGGUCUGGGGUCAGAGGGCUUGAAUUCAGAGGCAGAUUAUCAGUGUAACUUCUCUUGACUACCAGUGGCUGGAUCUCCAUUGUGUGUCUGGCAGUUUGGAAGGGAGGAAAGACAUAGUUCUUAAUUAUCUCCAUUACCAAAGCACCUUGCUGCAUGACACUUUGCAGAUCUUUAAGUUUAAUCCUGUAUCCAAACUCCAAAAAACUAACAGGAAAUUUUUGGAGAGUUUAUCUGUUACUCAAGAUAGCCUUUCUGUUACUUGUGAUACAAAUACUUACUGCUCACCCACCACUAAAACUACCCUGCUGGGAGAAGGCACUGUCCAGCCUGGAGAGAAACGGCUCCUUUCCUCUGGGGUUGUAACAUGAGUGAAAAUGUUGAUGCUGUGUUUGCCAGCUCUCAGUUCCAGGUGACUGACUUAUUCUUUCUGAAAACUGGAAAUUUUGGCUGUGCAUGCCAGGGAUGCUGGCAGAAGCAUAGAGGAUAAAGCAGAUGAAUUAGCUUUGUAUUUCCAGUCUAGAUGACAAUAUGUGUGUCAUAGUCCAUAGCACAGCAUAGGAGCCCACAACUACACCAGACAGCUGCCUUGUACCUGCCGGCUCCAGAGACUUGUCACAAACAGCUCACACAGGCUUCACCCUCCAGCUGAGGUAACCUGAAAUUGACACUCCAUACCUGAAUCACCAGGAAUAGUGGCAGUUUUCACUUCCUGUGACAAUUGUGCAAAAUCAACUCUUUUCAGUAAGCUCAGCUUUAUAAGGGUGGAAUCUCAAUGCUUUUGUUGCCUCCGCCCUCGGUCACCACUGUUCACCAUUCAUUUGCUGACUCCUCCCUCGGUCACCACUGUUCGCCAUUUCAUUUGCCUUCGGAGAAGGAAAGCAUUAUUUCUUAUCACAACAAACAAAAACCAUGAACCUAAUUUUACUUGCCCUUACUUGAGGAUAGUUCUGGAAUAUAAAUGGGAUCAUAUGUCACUUUUAACCUGUUAUGGUCAAAAAAGCAGGGAGGGGGUAAAAUGGGUCUGUUUUUUCUUUUGUGUUUGUUUUCAAUUUAUCAUCUUUCUUGGACCAAAUCAAAAAUACUUACUUCCAAUUUAUAAAUUCCUGAAAAACCUUAAAAAUAUUUUAGGACAAACCACGUUCACAAACAGGAAAACACAAGAAUAAUUAAUUUUAUAGCCAAAUAAUUUUGUUCCCUGAAGGGUGAGCAGUAUCAGUAUAUUGAUUUGUUUAGGUUUUAAUUACUCAUCCUUAUUGUUUUUCUGGUAAGAAACUCAAACCUUUUCUUAUACAUCCCACCACUCUCCACGUUUGUCCUGUCUUGCUACAUAUGCUGGCUGCCAUGGCUCAUUUUUGCACAUUUCACCCCAUAAUAAUGAAAUCAGCAAUGUUUGCCUACAUUAACAUGACAUGAGAAUAAAUAGUAGGUAUAAGCAUUAAUUCUUGUUACUCUGCUGUCUCCUGCCUAACUCACUUUAGUUGAAAACACACAUCACACUAAGAUGCGGAUGGUUCUUACCCAGGUGACUCUCAUAGAGUGAAGAUGCCCGGUGUGAACAGCUUUGGGGUACACUUGUCAUAUUACCACAGAUUUGAUGGGCAACUUAGCAUCCUUAGAAAAUGUCACAAUUUGAGUUCAGUUGCUAGUGAACAGGAAUCUUAUGGCUAAAACUCUUGAGAUUAAGAUUUCUCGAUUGCCAAAAGACUAACACAUCAGUUCUGUUCUCCCUCAGCCAUGGUGAGUUCUCAGACACACCUGUCCCUACAGAAAGUAAAUAAAGCUCUUCCAGCUCUAUGUUUAUGGUUGUGAAAGGUAUCUGGACCCCAUUGUGUCUGAAAGGGCCAUUCAGUUAAGUGGCCAUUCGGUUUUCAGUGAGCCGCCAGUCUGCUACUCUUCCUGUCCGGGACUGUUCCCUCAGCAACAGAGUUUUGCCCUGUCCUCCCUACUCUAAAGCCCGGUUGACUUCUUGCCUGAAUUCUCCAUGGAGGUGACAUACAGGGUUGAACAUCUUUCCCUCUCAACCCCUCAUCUUUUCCAUCAACUCAAUACUUAGUACCGGUGGUCAUUCUCCCCAGGAAAAUGAUUUCAACUUUCAUUGCCUUGUUGAUACUGUUCAUCAUAGCAGGUCACAGCUACUGGGCCUGAAUGUUAUCCUGUUUUGUGUGCUGUAGCUCUCUUUCCUUGAAACAUUAGCUGAGGCAGGCAGCCCAUGAAUACAUGGUCAGGGGGAAGACUAAUGUGAGGAGGCCGUUUUCACAUCAAACAUGGGUUAGUCUUUUUUUUUUUUUUUUGUAUUUUUCCUUCCUGGUGGACUACAUUUCUCUGAUCUGAGAAGCACAAGCUUAAAACAGUGUUUACUUAAAACAAUGGUUCCAAUUUUAAACGUUUGUAACAGUCUCCCCCAGUCUGAGGAAGAUGCCUUGAGAGAAAAGCAAGGGUGGUUAAGAAGUAUUAAUGCCACUCCAGUUUUGCAUGCUACAUGUGUGUGUGCCUGUGUCCAUGUGGAGAGGAUGGCAGCAUCCUCCUACUAUGACUCAUGUUAUUUUACAGCACUAUUAACACAUAGGAAAUUGUUCUUUCUCUUGGCAAUUUUUCAUUUCAGUGGUAAAAUAUCUGCCACAAGUUACUUGGGAUGGAGAGAGAGUAACACAACACUAUACUUCAUAUAGAACUAUAUAUAAGCAGGGGUGUCUCUUAGGCCCAGACUUAGCUUCUCAACAUUGGAUUUUUGUACUGAUCUUGUCAGAAAUCAUGCAGCAAUUGUAGCUUCCUGAUAUACACAUUUGUGUAUGAGAAAUUGAAUUGACAUCAACUAACGUGUUAACUUUACCCAUGGACCACAAUUCAAUUUGGUUGACCUACUGAUAAAACCUGAGAUCUCUUUAAUGACUCCUCUGUUAUGAAGAGAAAUAUUGGGCUGAGUGAAUCUCCCAAGGAAAUUUCCUCACAUAAUUUGUUUUCCUAAAGAAAAGAAUUUCUGUACAGAGUUUAACUUUAAAUGUGAAUAUUUUUGCUGUCUAUGUUUUAACAGUGAAAUACACUACUAUAUGCAAAUGUUAUAGCAUUUAACGUGGGACUAGGUGUUUUCAUGUAUGCAUUUACUGGGUAUUAUUAAGACAAAUCUUUGAUUCAUUUUCAUUAUCCCAGUCAUUGGAACCUUAUCAUCGGCUUCUAAAAUACUUAGCUUUUCAUUUCUAAAACAAGGUAGACUGUUACUAUGACCAAGGUAAGUAUUAAUAUUUCUUGGGAAAUGAUAGAAGUAUUUGUUCCCAGUUAAUGCAUUUCACUUUCUCCUUUGUGGCAAGUGACCUCAGUGCAUCAUGCCAGGGCAAGAUCCUUUUCAGGCUUCUCAAACUGUACACAAUAUGCUGUAAACUAAGUUUCUAACAUGUCUUCAUAAAAUUGUCAGUAAAAUGUAAUCAAUCGUUUAUUUGUUUGAAAACAACAACUCAGAUAAUCUGUCCGUCUCUCAUGAUUUGAGUAGAAUUCUAAAUUUUUGCAAUAGAGAUUUUCCUGACAUAGUCUUAGAUCAGAGAAGAUUUCAAAAAUGUUUACUUUCCAUGCAUUACAACGAUUAAUGUAUAAACUCUAUGUUAGGACAAAUAAUCUGAAGGACAUGUUAUUGUGACACACAUAAAAUGGAGAAAUCUUUAUGCAUAGAAUUCUUGAUUCGUGGUAUCCAUAAGAUUAUUGAAUUGUUUGUGAUUUUAAGAAUUUAAAAUGUUUUCUUACUACAUGUGUUAAAUUGUUACCUACAAUGUCUUCCUGAAAAAUAGAAUUAUUUGUAAGGUUUUUAUAAAUGCACAAUUUAUGUAUAAAUAUAAUUGAAGUCUGGGGUGACUCAGUAAUUACUAUUCUUAAUUCAGUAAUGGCAGCCAGAUAACUGACACAUUUGUAAACUUAGCACCUGUGUGUAUAUGUGUGUGCACAUACACAUUGUUCCAACUAUUCUCAAGUGAAAUUAUCACUUAAUGUUUUUGUAAAAGUACUUGAGCUGUUCGUGUAAUGGAAAAAGUCACCAUAAAGAUGUACAUAAAUGUCCCUUAAUUUGACACGUCGUCACAUUUAAUUUAUAAAAAUACUGCUUUUGA